UCUGCUCCUGGAAGCGGCCAAGGGGGGAAGCGGCGAGUCAACAUGGAGCUUUCAGCGGUGGGGGAGCGGGUGUUCGCGGCCGAAGCCCUCCUGAAGAGGCGCAUACGGAAAGGACGCAUGGAAUACCUCGUGAAAUGGAAGGGCUGGUCGCAGAAGUACAGCACAUGGGAACCUGAAGAAAACAUCCUGGAUGCUCGCCUGCUUGCAGCCUUUGAGGAAAGGGAACGAGAGAUGGAGCUCUAUGGCCCCAAAAAACGAGGACCUAAACCUAAAACCUUCCUUCUCAAGGCCCAGGCCAAGGCAAAGGCCAAAACUUAUGAGUUCCGCAGUGACUCCGCCCGGGGCAUCCGGAUCCCCUACCCUGGCCGCUCGCCCCAGGACCUGGCCUCUACUUCCCGGGCCCGUGAGGGCCUUCGGAAUAUGGGUCUGACCCCACCAGGGAGCAGCAGCAGCACCAGCAGCACCUGCCGAGUGGAGCCCCCUCGGGACCGUGACCGUGACAGAGACCGGGAGCGUGAGAGGGAGAGGGACCGAGAGCGGGAGCGAGAGCGAGAGCGGGGCGCGGGCCGUGCUGACGAUAAGCCCAGCUCACCAGGCGACAGCUCCAAGAAGCGAGGCCCCAAGCCCCGGAAGGAGCUCCUGGACCCCUCGCAGAGGCCCUUGGGAGAAGCCAGUGAUGGCCUCGGAGAUUACCUCAAGGGCAGGAAGCUGGACGACACCCCUUCUGGGGCAGGAAAGUUCCCUGCUGGCCACAGCGUGAUCCAGCUGGCCAGAAGGCAGGACUCAGACCUGGCCCAGUGUGGUGUGGCCAGCCCCAGCCCAGCUGAGGCCACAGGCAAGCUGGCUGUGGACACCUUUCCGGCCAGGGUCAUAAAGCACAGGGCUGCCUUCCUGGAGGCCAAAGGCCAGGGUGCCUUGGACCCUGGUGGCCCCCGGGUCCGGCAUGGCUCAGGCACCCCUGGCUCUGUAGGGGGCUUGUAUCGGGACAUGGGGGCUCAGGGGGGAAGGCCCUCCCUCAUCGCCAGGAUCCCAGUGGCCAGAAUCCUGGGGGACCCAGAGGAAGAGUCGUGGAGUCCCUCUCUGACCAACCUGGAGAAGGUGGUGGUCACCGACGUGACCUCAAACUUUUUGACCGUCACCAUUAAGGAAAGUAACACGGACCAAGGCUUCUUUAAAGAGAAAAGAUGAAUUGCUGGGUGGGUGAUCCCAGGACAAGAGAGCAGGAGAGAGAGUGAGAGCGCAAACUUGGCAUAAUGCUUUUUAUUUCGGGGUGGGAGGCGGCCUUCUGGCUGGUCCUGUCCCUAACUACACACACCCCUGCCCCUUGCAUCCCUCCUCCCUCCCCUCAGUUUUGGUUGGAAAGAUUAUCUCUAGAGUUAUAUUUUCUAUUAGAUGUAAAUAUGUUAUUUAAGAAAAAAAAAUCUAAAUAUAUAUAUUUCAACUCUUGAAGUUGUUUUAUUUAAACAGAGAGAGAGACCCAGUGUGGUUUAAUUGGGGCAGACAGGCUGAGCAGCCACCCAGGGCACUGGGGGAGUUGGGGACCUGGGCACUGGGCCUCUGAGGGUGUCUGGAGGGACUCAGAUAGCCCCCCUCACCCCUCCCCCCUUUUCCCACAGCCCCAUGGCAGACCCCUGGAACCAAGGCAGGAACCAGAUUUUUUCUCUCUUCCCAUUGGCGGGCCAGGCCAACAAAAGGUUCGCUCCCCAAUCAGAAAAAAAGGGGGUGGAGUCAGUCUGUUUUUCCUAUUUUUUUUUUUAAGAUUAAGAAGUCUGUUAGGGAAAAAAAGUAUUAACUUGAAUCACUUUUUUGUGUAUGAUGUUGAAGGUAAAAAGUUGCGGGUGAUUGGGGAGCCGCGGAUUCCUCCCCAGGACCACACCAGGAAAUGCACUUUACGGGAGAGGCGUGUGAGAUGCACGCAGAUCGGAUCGUGUGUAUGUCAUGUGGAUCAAGUCUCCCAGUUCCCUCGAGUCCUUACUCCACAGAAAGAAAAGAAAUCCAGCGAAUCUGUUUACAUUCCCGAAAUGCCAGGAUAAAUUGGGAGGAUUGCAUGUCAGUGCCCAGAGUUCGAGACAGUUGUUGUUUUACAAAAAAAGUGUUUGGGGUUGGACUUUUCCUUUUGGCGUCCUCUAGCUUCCCCAGGAGAAGAGACGGAGGCCCCCACCUCCCAGGAAGAGUUGGACUAGCCUCCCUCCCUCGGGGAGGGCGGGCCGCCAGCUCUCGGACGACGCACGGCCAGACAGGCCCACCCUGCGGGACCCACGGAGGGAGGCGCGGCGGCAGGCGCGGCCGGGAGUGCGGUGGAGGGUCUGGGCUGGGGGCUCGG